UUUGCAGAUUCUCUUAUCUCCGACAUCAUAAUAAAAGCUUUUGACUAUAUUGAAAAAGUAACCUGCAUCAGGCUGCAACGUCUUCGAGAAAAACCAGUAGAUGAACAAUCAUUGCAAAAUGUCGAGUGGCUUUAUAUAACUAAUCCUUCGGGUGUAAAGCAAUGUGUUCAUAGCAAUGAACGCAAACCUAACACUGGUGUUCAGAUGGUGGUUCUUGGCUACGAUUGCUUAUCACAGGGGGAGAUAGCACAUGAAAUUAUGCAUGUCCUUGGCUUUUCCCAUGAACAUACGCGCUCCGAUAGAGAUCGCUACAUUACAAUUCUAUGGGAUAACAUCAAGCCUGGAUAUAAAAAAUAUUUCGAAGCAAGACAUGGUGAUCGAUUAUUGAAUCUUCCAUAUGAUUACGCCAGUGUCUUACAUUAUCCGCCACGGGCAUUUUCCAAAAAUGGCCAAAUAACUGUCAUGACAAACUCUGAUAACAAAGUUGGUCAACGCAAUGUUUUGAGUGAAAUGGAUGUAGAAAAAAUAGGAAUUAUUUACGGCCGUGAAUGUGUUGAUCGCAACAAAGACUAUUUACUGAAAACAUGUCCAAGUGUUGUAAAAAAAACACCCCAGCCAGAAGAAGUUCUACCGGAACAAAUCGAAGAUUAUUUCAAAGAUAGAAUAUGGCCAUAUGGAAUUGUUAACUAUCAAAUAAAAGAUAAAUUAGAAUUUUCUGCCGAAGAAAGAGAAAACAUAAAAGCAGUUUUUGAUCAUAUUGAAAAAGAAACUUGUAUAGAGUUCAGGGAUGUAACCGAUCCAGAUGAGUUGGAUGAUAACGGAUCUGCUGCUGAAAUUCAUAGUAAAGCAAUGUCUAUUAAAAAAGAAACAAAACAUGAAUCUAAUAAGGGAAAUGAUACUAUUUUAACAAAUAACGAACCACAAAAAGAAAACCAAACUCUUAUUGGAAGCGAAACAACUACAAAUGCAAUACCUGAUACCACUCCGAGCUAUAUGAAAACUAAUGGUGAUGAAGACACAUCCAGUGAAUCUAGACGUAGAUAUGUUAGAACACCUUCAAAACAUAAUGUGACAGUUUUACCGGAGUCGCCUGCUAGAAGACAUGCUGCAAAUGUGCUAACGCUUGUCCACUCCACAAAGUCAGGAUGUCAGUGCCCAACCCCUGGACGACCAAAUGGAAACAAGGAACUGACAAUCAAUGCAGACUGUUUCAACUCUGUGAAUGAUCUGCUCCACGUAUUCGUCCACAUGCUAGGGCUGGACCACCAACACAACAUGCACGAUAGGGAUUACUUUCUUCACAUUGAAUGGAGUAAUCUCCCUCCAGAAUUAUCUGAAGAUGUUAAAACAAAGCUGCCUCCAGCCGCAUCUGCAGGAUUUGCCUAUGACUAUCAGAGCGUCAUGCACUAUCCUUGGCUACGAAUAAAGGACGGAAUCACAAAGAUCAUGUAUCCGAUUUGGAAUGAUGGCUGGGCAAUGGGCCACUGGCAAGGACUGAGCUGGACCGAUGUACAAAAGAUUAAUCUAAUUUAUACGGCUGAAUGCGAAAAAAGAAAACAGCAUACGCGAAUUAUUUAACUCAAAAAAUAAAAAAAAAAUUUAUUUAUUUUCCACAUUUUAUAGCUAUUUAUCCUACCUAUACCUAUACUUUGU